AUGCCCACCCCCGCCCCCCAGCUAACCUUCUACUUCGACAUAAUCUCCCCCUUCGCCUACCUUGCGUUCCACCGCCUUUUGCACUCCCCUUUACACGCGUACACGACCUACACCCCCUCCUUCCUGAGCGGGAUAAUGGUGGCCACGUCCAACCGACCGCCGCUAACGGUUCCCCUGAAGGGAGCGUACAUCUUCCACGACCUCGUGCGGCAAGCGGGACGGUACGGGAUCCCGCUGCUGCCUGCGGGGAAGCCGGCGAACUUUCCGGUCAGUACGUUGUAUGCUAUGAGGGUGCUGUGCGCUGUGCCCGAAGGUAGAGUGGUGGAGGUUGCGGAGAGGUUGUUUCAUGUGUUUUGGGUCCAAGGGAGGGGCGUGGAGAGGGAGGAGGUGGUCAAAGAGGUUGUGGAACAGGUGCUGGGAAGGGAGGCCUGGGAACAAGUGGAGAAGAGGAUUAGGACUGAGGGGAAGAAAAAGCUGGCGGAGAAUACGGAUGAGGCCGUAAGGAAGGGCGCGUUCGGAAUGCCCUGGUUCGUGGUCACCGACGCCAACGGGAAGGAGGAUGUGUAUUGGGGCUUCGAUCAUCUGGACGAGGUGGCUGCGUGCAUGGGCCUGGCAAUGGAAAGCAGGGACGGCGAGAGCAAGUUGUAG